UAUAAAUAACCAGACAGAUAAGCAUCGACGUCUGCUAUUGAUGGCUCCUCCCCCGCUACCUGUAAAUCUGCGAUGCCAUCUUCCAACAAAUGGAUGUGACAGGCGGGAGCCCGCGAGCGAGAAUUAUCACCGAGAUCUUUUUUUCUCCCCUCUCUCUCCUUUUCCAACGACACCUCCGUAAAUUAUUUGACUAACCGCGACCUUUAACGCGAGGAGCGCAUUCAACAGUGCGCGGUGCGGAGCUCAAGUAGCGGACCUGCUGAAAGCUGCGCUGUUGAGGUGGAGGAGUGAGCGAAUCCAUGGACUGACGAGGACAUCGCGUCUAAUAGGUUUAAUAACCAAAUAUAGUUUUAGUCACAAGGACUGUCGUGUAAAUCGCAAGUUUUUUUUUUUUUUUUUUUUUUCGGGGAGUUAAAUGUGAUUUUUACGCACAGACCGAACGGAUGACGCGCACUUGCAGCCCCGAACGCGCAUCGUGAGACGCACGACUGAUGUGUUGAUUUCAAAGGAAGUUUUUUAUAUAUAUAUAUAUAUAAAUAUAUUUUUACUUUUAUUUUUUAUUAUUAUCGCGCCGCCCUUGCCUGCGUAUCGUCUCAACUUUAAACGCCGAGGCCACAUGAGAAGUCAGAGGAGUGGAAGGUGGUUGACUCAACAUGCCUGAGCCGCUGGGGCAUCAGGGGGCGCUGGCUGGAGUUGCCCAACGCGCCUGAAUCCCUCUUGAGUUGAUUGCUCGUUUCGGGGGAGGGGGGUGGCAGGUGACCAAAAAGUCGGUAAUGCCGAAAAACAGGGAGAAAUACUUCCCAGACCCGUCCAUCAGCAUGUCCAAGAUGAAUGUGAUCAUCCCGUUUUCACCAGAUGUGCCCUGUGACAGCAACGGCCAGCGGAUGUGGUGGGCUUUCCUCGCCUCCUCCAUGGUCACUUUCUUUGGGGGUCUCUUCAUAAUCCUGUUGUGGAGAACUCUCAAAUACCUGUGGACUGUGUGCUGCCACUGCAACGCCAAGAAGAAGGAGGUCCAUCGAAUCACCACAGGCGAUGGCAUCAAGCGCACAGACAAGGAUGACCCCGCGGCCAGCGAGGUGGGCUGGAUGACCUCGGUCAAAGACUGGGCCGGGGUCAUGAUAUCUGCUCAGACGCUGACAGGAAGGGUCCUGGUGGUGCUCGUUUUUGCUCUCAGCAUUGGAGCUCUUGUGAUAUACUUCAUAGAUUCCUCUGAUGAUAUCGAGUCCUGUCAGAACUUCUACAAAGACUUCACGCUGCAGAUCGACAUGGCGUUCAACGUCUUCUUCCUGCUGUACUUCGGCCUCCGUUUCAUCGCUGCCAAUGACAAGCUGUGGUUCUGGCUGGAGGUGAACUCGGUGGUGGACUUCUUCACGGUUCCUCCGGUGUUUGUGUCCGUGUACCUGAACAGGAGCUGGCUGGGUUUGAGGUUUUUAAGGGCCUUAAGGUUGAUACAGUUCUCAGAAAUUUUACAGUUUUUGAAUAUACUUAAGACAAGUAACUCGAUUAAGCUGGUGAACCUGUGUUCAAUCUUCAUAAGCACAUGGCUAACAGCGGCAGGCUUCAUUCAUUUGGUGGAGAACUCAGGGGAUCCUUGGGAAAACUUCCAAAAUUCACAGGCACUUUCCUACUGGGAAUGUGUCUACUUACUUAUGGUUACAAUGUCCACUGUUGGCUAUGGAGACGUUUAUGCAAAAACCACCCUGGGCCGCCUGUUUAUGGUCUUCUUCAUCCUUGGUGGUUUGGCCAUGUUUGCAAGCUACGUCCCUGAAAUCAUAGAGUUAAUAGGAAACCGCAAGAAAUAUGGUGGUUCCUAUAGUGCGGUUAAUGGGAGAAAGCACAUCGUGGUCUGUGGUCAUAUAACGCUCGAGAGUGUGUCCAACUUUCUAAAAGACUUCCUACACAAGGACAGGGAUGAUGUCAAUGUAGAAAUUGUUUUUCUCCAUAAUAUUUCCCCUAAUCUUGAGCUGGAAGCCUUAUUCAAGCGCCACUUCACCCAGGUAGAGUUUUACCAAGGAUCGGUCCUGAACCCACAUGACCUGGCCAGAGUCAAGAUUGAAUCUGCUGAUGCCUGCUUGAUCUUAGCCAACAAAUACUGCGCUGACCCUGAUGCCGAAGAUGCAUCCAACAUCAUGAGGGUAAUAUCUAUCAAGAACUACCACCCAAAGAUCAGAAUAAUUACUCAGAUGUUGCAGUACCACAAUAAGGCUCACCUUCUGAACAUCCCAAGCUGGAACUGGAAGGAGGGAGACGACGCCAUUUGCCUCGCGGAGCUCAAGCUCGGCUUCAUCGCCCAGAGCUGCCUGGCUCAGGGCCUCUCCACCAUGCUGGCAAACCUUUUCUCCAUGAGGUCCUUCAUCAAGAUUGAGGAGGACACUUGGCAGAAGUACUACCUUGAGGGAGUAGCCAACGAGAUGUACACGGAGUAUCUGUCCAGUGCCUUUGUGGGUUUGUCCUUCCCGGUAAUUUGCGAACUCUGCUACGUGAAGCUAAAGCUACUACUGAUAGCUAUAGAGUACAAGUCUGAUCAAAGGGAAAGCAGCACCCUGAUAAACCCCGGAAACCACGUGAAAAUGGAGGAGGGGACUUUGGGCUUCUUCAUUGCCAGUGAUGCCAAAGAAGUAAAAAGGGCGCUGUUUUACUGUAAGGCCUGCCAUGACGACAUAACCGAUCCCAAAAGGAUAAAGAAAUGCGGCUGCAAGAAAUCCAAGACGGCCGCCUACAAGAAAAUGAGACUGGCAUGUUGUUUUGAUAGCGGCCGCUCAGAGCGGGACUGCUCUUGCAUGCCGGUUAAUGUGCGUUGUUACAUGGACUCCCCUCGACGGGACAUCCCACUCUCUGCUGUCUCUGUUAAUGAUUGCUCAGCCACUUUACGUGCCUCUAAAAAUAGCUAUAAUGGAUAUAUCAAAUCAAUUGAAGAGGACCAACAAUCAGCGCUGUCGCCCAAAAAAAAGCAGCGCAAUGGAGGCAUGAGGAACUCUCCAAACUCUUCACCCAAGAUAAUGAGACAUGACCCGCUGCUCAUCCCGGGGAACGAGCAGAUUGAGAGCAUGGACGACAACGUAAAGAAAUACGACUCCACGGGGAUGUUUCACUGGUGCCCGUCCAAAGACAUCGAGAGGGUCAUCUUGACCCGGAGUGAAGCAGCCAUGACGGUCCUGAGCGGUCACGUGGUCGUGUGCAUAUUUGGAGACGUGACGUCGGCGUUGAUCGGCCUCCGAAAUUUUGUCAUGCCCCUGAGAGCGAGCAACUUUCACUACCACGAGCUGAAGCACAUCGUAUUUGUCGGCUCCCUGGAGUAUCUGAAGCGCGAAUGGGAAACACUUCAUAACUUCCCCAAAGUCUCUAUUCUGCCGGGCACGCCGUUGAGCCGGGCCGAUCUGAGGGCUGUCAACAUCAACCUCUGCGACAUGUGUGUCAUCCUGUCAGCCAAUCAGAACAAUAUUGACGAUGCAUCACUGCAGGACAAAGAAUGCAUCUUGGCGUCGCUCAACAUCAAAUCCAUGCUGUUCGACGACAGCAUCGGGGUCUUGCAGGCUAAUUCUCAAGGCUUCACGCCACCGGGGAUGGAUAGAUCUUCUCCUGAAAACAGCCCAGUCCACGGAUUAGUGAGGCAGACUUCUGUCACUACUGGAGCGAAUAUUCCCAUCAUAACAGAACUAGCGCCAUUAGCAAAGCCAGGCAAAAAAGUGCCUGUGAUUUCAUUCAGUCAGGAUAAAAGCAGUGGGACCAGCAUACAAAUGAUAACUGAGCUGGUGAACGACUCGAAUGUUCAGUUCCUGGACCAAGAUGACGAUGACGACCCCGACACAGAGUUAUACCUCACUCAGCCUUUUGCCUGUGGGACGGCAUUCGCAGUCAGCGUGCUGGAUUCCUUAAUGAGCGCGACAUACUUCAAUGAUAAUAUCCUCACCUUGAUCCGGACGCUGGUAACAGGCGGGGCCACGCCGGAGCUGGAGGGGCUGCUGGCGGAGGAGAAUGCGUUACGGGGCGGCUACAGCACGCCGCAGACCCUGGCGAACAGGGACAGGUGUCGCGUGGCACAGCUGGCCUUGUACGACGGGCCCUUUGCCGACCUCGGGGAUGGUGGUUGUUAUGGCGACCUGUUCUGUAAGGCCCUGAAAACAUAUAAUAUGCUGUGUUUCGGCAUCUACCGGUUACGAGACGCACACCUAAACGCACAAAGCCUGUGCACUAAACGGUAUGUCAUAACCAAUCCGCCGUACGCAUUUGAGCUGGUGCCCUCAGACCUGAUAUUCUGCCUGAUGCAGUUUGACCACAACGCCGGCCAGUCCCGAACCAGCCUCUCCCACUCGUCCCAUUCGUCACAUUCUUCGAGCAAGAAGAGCUCCUCCGUCCACUCGAUCCCGGCUACCAACCGCACCAACCGCGCCAAAAGCAGGGACUCACGGGACAAACAAAACAGGGCCGGCCUAUAGCACAGCCAACCACGACUAUCAAGGGGCUUCUGGCUUUAUUGCAGUUUCUUUCCAUCCAUUAGCUGUUACUGUGUUUUUUUUUCUCCCCCCUAUCUUGUACAUUUUAUAUUCCAUAAACUACAGAAGUCUUUUACCGGGGUCGUUAGCUUUUUGAAAUGGCACUUUAUCAUGAUUUGAGCUUAUUGUUGUAUGAUAUGAAUCAUCGUAAAGCCCCCUGCAGUCCAAAAUAACAUAUCUGAAUAAUCCUAACAUUUUGAUUGCAGUCAAUUUUAUUAAAUAUGUGCACACAUAUAUAGGUGAUUAAUGGAGAAUUUCCUUUUACAACUAAGAAAUCUACUCUAAAUAAUAAUUAAUUCAAGAUUUACUGCCAUGUUCUUACAGAACCAUUUGAAACAAUCCAACUUGGGGUAAAAUGUUAAGAAGGGCUUUUAAAUGUGUAAUUUUGCACGAUGUCCCCUUUAGAAAACAGAAACUGACAAACGUUUGAUUUCAUCUCUUGCUUCACCGCAACUUUUUUGUCACCGGGUCUCUCCACCUUAAAGCAUUCCAGGUUUUGCUCUGCUGAAACAUCUGUUUUAUUUCAAAUCAAAGCUAUAUAUGUACUUGAACUGCAGUUCUAAAUGACAUGUCUUAAAGAAAAAGUUCAUGUUAUGUCAUGUCUACGAUAAAUAUUGCACAUUGUGUCCUCUUAAUGCCUUCUGAUUUCCAUUAAAAUGUUAUACUUUUAACUGAAUGCUAUUUGCCACCGUGAAGUAUUAAUUAUGUGGAGAUAUUUUACAAGUAGGAACUGUUAUUAAUAAAGUUGCAUCCACGUUAUAAUUACACUGUCUUCACACAUCUUUUUCACUGUAUUUUAGUGAAUGGUUGUGUUAUUACCACUUACUGAAUGAUACACUGAGUAAUAGUUCUGCUAUAAAUACUGCACCGGUAUGUGCUGAAAGUUAAGGUUCAAUAAAGCUGACUUAACUACAACAACAGCAAAUCGAAAGCGAUCAAAGCCUGAAGUCGCCAAACUGGACAACUGUCACUCCUUGGCUACAUCUAUCGAUUCGCCAUGAAAAUGAAUAGAAAGCCACAUCCUUGGUAGAAACCAACACAGGACACAGCACGGACCAAGUAACUCGUAGCAAGCAUUGAUUGUGCUUUUUUUUGUUUUUGUUUUAUACACCUGUAACAACAGAAGCAGCAGCACUCAUGGCGUAUUAAUGUUGAGCCAAAUGACCCAGAAAAGCCUGGUCUGGAGGAAUAAUUUACCCAAUUCAAAGGAAAGGAACUCCAAUCGUCACUUUGCAUACCUCAAACAGUGGAGUACAAUCAUAUCUCUAGCUCUGGCUGAAUAUACUGUACAUCCAACAAAUUAAUUGGUACUUAAAUCAGUCAUCAGUCUAUGGUCGGAGAUGUUCUGGCGCCACAUUCUACUUCAACCCAAUGCUGUUUUGCAACAGACAAUCCAUUAUAAGAACUAAAGAACAAUAACGCACCGCCACCCACGUUUUGAUCAGGCAGGCGAUUCCUCACGACCGUCUGAGUCUGAAAACAGACUCAUUCUCUCUGAAGAAUGGUCUCAUAGAUGCAACCCUUUCGAUUUUGAGAAACAAAAAAUUGCCUCAUACCUGAGGAAACUCUGAAGAAAAAAAAAUACAGAAUCCAACCCACAUCCGUGACAUUGUGACUGUGGUUGUCAACAUAUCAGAUCUAAAUGGUUAUAAAUCAUUACAUUGCACAAGAAGACAGAGGGUCCGUCUCCGUGCGCACACUUUCAGUCUUCACGCAGAGUUCACGCAUCGCCAGGAAGCAGACAAGUGUGUCCCAUGUCGAUAAAAUACCAACACGCUGUACACUCAACCGGCACUGUAAGUGCUGUUUACCAUAAUAUAGCUUCAGAACAGUAUUCAGAGCCCGUAUCCCACAAUGCAAUGCAGCGUAUACUGCUUCCAAUGUCAAGAUAUAUUCUAUAUAUUCUUAAUGAGAUGAAUUAUCUUCAACUGUCAAUGUAAUUGUUAGAUGUGCGGUUUUAUUGUGAAUUGAAGGGAAAUGUAUUAAAUACUUAAAUUUAAUCAGACAGAAACCACUUGAAAUAAUAUUAUUUUGUCUCUUUUUUGUUCUUCUAGAUUACUCCAUUUUUAUUAAUUACCUUACCGCUGUCAGCUUGUUUUUUCACUGGGAUCUAAUUGUAAACUGGAGGCUUGGUUCAUCAGUACUAGUUAGGGAAAGUCAUUCAUCAAGCCAGGCGCAGUGAUCACUGAUAAAUCUUCAAAUGCUUGCAAUAAUAAUAACGAGCACUCGUUGGGCGCUGAAUAUUUAUCACAAGA